UUAGGUAGCCAUGGCUACCUAAUCUAAGCCGUAGGUACAAUCUCUAACAUUCAUCGUUCGACGAUACCCUCUCUGGCAUCUAGUUGUGAUAGAACAUAUCUCACGAGUAUAAUAGCAAUGGAAUUAUCUGGCCUCGUAGACAAUAACGUUGUUGGCGCUCUUCCGGAUGUUGCGAAGAUUCUUGAGAUGAAAUACCAUGGGGAGUCAUCCUGGGCGAAAGCAACUCGUAUCAGAGUAUUGCAUAAUGAUGGCAGAGAGGAAGACUACUUUAUGAAGGUUUCUGUUGGUCACCACGGCCGCGAGGCAUUGAAAGGGGAAUUUGAGGCUACCUCAGCUAUUCAUGAUAUAACUUCCGACUUCUGCCCCAAGCCCAUUGCUUGGGGUACCUUCGCCAGCGACCCGACAUCCCACUUUUAUAUUUGUAAAUUCUACAACUUCACCGAAGGCGUUCCUGAUCCUACAUCGUUCUGCGAGAAACUGGCACAGCUUCAUUCCAACCACAACUCUCCCGACGGAAAGUUCGGAUUCCAUUGCGUAACAUACAAUGGUAACCUACCACAGGAUAACACUUGGUCUGAUAGUUGGGAAGCUUUCUUUGCAAAUGGUCUCCGACACGUGUUGAAAGUGCGCGAGGAGAGAGCUGGACCCGACGUCGAGUUAGACAGGCUUCUCCCUGCCCUGUUUGACAGUGUCAUACCACGACUCCUGCGACCGCUGGAAAGUAAUGGCCGUAGGAUAUUGCCAUCACUAGUUCAUGGAGACCUGUGGUAUGGCAAUACCGGAAUUGUUGAUGAGGCCACUGAUGAGGGCAUAGUCUAUGACCCCGCUAGCUUUUGGGCGCACAACGAAUAUGAACUUGGCAAUUGGCGCCCGGAGCGAAACAAAUUUACUCGUCGAUAUGUACAAGCAUAUCAUUCUCAUAUACCUAAGUCAGAACCUCAGGAGGACUACGACGAUAGAAUCGCACUUUACUCCUUGUAGGGCCACCCUCAUGAUAAUUGAGUCUAUAAAUUCUAAGCUGAAGUAACUGAAUAAUUGCAUAGGAGGUUUAACUUGCAUGCUGCCGCUAUGUUUCCGGACCAGGAAGCCUUUCUCCAGAUGUAUGUAGACAAUUAGCUUCUCCAUCCACUAAAUCCCUGUAGACAUUGAGAUCUAACGUAGAACAGGGCAAUCGACGAAAUUCGAAGGC